UCCAACAACCCCUCCAUGAAUAAGCGCUGGCCUCCCCUCGCCGACAAGACCUCCCUCCCUUACAAACUCACCACCCUGUCGCGCCAGAAACUUGCCCGGGAGGCCACCGCCCCGGACCCGGACAUCCGUCGCUGUCUCGGCCACUUCCGCCUACACUGCAUGUCGAUGGAGUGGGCUCAGAAGGACAUGACGACGCGCAUCAACUCGUUCGACCUCGAGGACGACGAGUCCGAGAGUGAGGAGGAGGACCGUGAAGACGAAGAGAGGAAAGGUCCCGAGGACCGCAAGGAUGAGGAUCAGGACCGCCAGACCUCAUCCAAGGACAACGAGCCUACUGAGAAGACGUCGGAGCCCGAGAAGACCACCGUCCACGUCAGCUUCCAUGUGUCUGCUCCCGCACCCGUCUCUACCGAUAAGAAGGAAGAGAAGAAGGAGGAAGGCCUACUCGAGAAGGGCCGCAGCUGUCUCGAGAAGACAGUGCAGCGGAAAAACUUCUGGCCUUCACCUGGCCAGUGUCUGCCCGUGCGCAUUGCCGGCUAG